AGCCCCCUCUCUCCAGAGGAGGGGGAGGGGCCCGGGGGAUGGCCGCCGCGGAGCGGCUGCCGGUGCUGCCGCGCCGGAGGGGCGGAGGCGCCGGCGCGGCCGCGGAGCAGCGGCCGCCAUGGCCAUGGGUGGCCAUGCCCGAUGAAUAUGGCGGCGGCGUCUUCUACCUCAAUGAGCAGACCAACGAGACACAGACGGAGUUCCCUGAUGAGCAGGAGGCCGAUGCCGAGGCCCUGCUGGAGGAGGACGGCUACGAACCCGCCCUGGAAGACCACGACGCCGCCGCGGAGGGCGACGGAGUCCCUCCCGAGGAGGACGCCGGCAGCGAGCCCGCCGUGACCGUGCCGCACGCCCCGGGCGACCCGGAUGCGGGCGCGCGGCUGGAGAUCCAGUGCGACCGGAUCGAGCUGCUCGACGGCCCUGGGGACGUCCGCGCCAUUUGCCUCGCAGCGGAGGUGCCGCCGGUCGAGUCGUUGCCUGGCAGCUUGGCCUUCUUGUCCAGCGCUCCUGGGGCGCUCUUCAAGAUCAGUCGCAUUGUUGGGUCGGAGAAGGCGGACGGGCGCCCGGCGAGGCGGCCGCCGCUCGGCCUCAGCUGGCUGGACCUCGAGCCGGCGAGGGCCGGGGACGCGCGCCCGCGGAGCCUGCGGGGGCCGGCGACGCUGACCGUGCAGCUGGUGGCGUCGGCCCUGGAGGAGGCGGUGUUCGCCGCCCUCCACUCCUUGGCGGUGGAUGCUGCCGGGAGCAAGGACGAGCUCAGAAACGCGGGGCAGAUGGCGGAGAGCCACAGCACGGCCGACGUGCUCGAGCGGCUCCAGGAGCGGUUCGGGGACCACGUCCCGAUAAGGCAGCUGGACGAGCUGGAGGGCGCACUGGCCCCUUCGGAGCUGGUGAGCGUGGACGGGGGUCAGGUCUGCGGCAAGGUCCCGCGCUCGCCCCUGGAGGAGACCGCCCUCAGCUCUUUUAGGGCAUUGCUGAGCGACACGGGCAAUUCCCUGAUGGUCUCGAUGUCGACCGACCGCAAGUGGAGCGUCUUGGCCGAGAGGCUGUACGGUGUCCUCGGCGACGCCUGGGACGAGGAUCUGCACAGGCGGCUCCUCCAGGAGUCGGUCGGGCUCGAAGUCAGCUACUCGGAGGUCCGCGGUCACUACGUGGUGCGCAUGCCGCGGCAGAGCCAGGACCUGACGCCCUUCCAGGGCGCGUGGCAGGCGGGCCUCGAGGGCCGCGACGGCCGGGGCUCCGCCGCCGGCAGGGGGCGCGCGGCGGGCGCGCAGAGGA